UGGCCGAGUAGAAAGCAGAGGAAACAGCCUCUUUGACAGUAUUCAAAAGUUCGAGUGAGUGCACAGUGCCACACUUCCAGAUCGUUUGACCUUCGUAACAACAUUUUUGUUAAACAUGGAAUUGACAGCAGAAAGUCACUCCAUUCCCCUAUCUGACGGAAACAGCAUACCCUUGAUAGGACUGGGAACUUAUGCAAAUCCCCGCGAGACUCCUAAAGGAACUACAUAUGAAUCUGUCAAAAUUGCGAUCGAAACGGGCUACAGACACAUUGACGGAGCUUUGGUCUAUUACAAUGAACACGAAGUGGGGCAAGCAAUAAGGGACAAAAUAGCAGAUGGAACUGUGAAAAGAGAGGACAUCUUCUAUUGUGGAAAGUUGUGGAACACAUUUCAUCCACCCGAGCUAGUACGACCUACUUUGGAGAAAACCCUGACGACAUUACAGCUGGAUUAUGUUGACCUCUAUAUUAUAGAACUGCCCAUGGCUUUCAAGCCAGGAGAUGGAUUUUACCCCAAAGAUGAGAGUGGGAAGUGGCUUUAUCAUGAAACGGACCUGUGUGCCACAUGGGAGGCUUUAGAAGCUUGUAAAGACGCUGGCCUUGUAAGAUCUCUUGGGGUUUCAAACUUCAACAAGCGACAACUAGAGCUAAUCCUUAACAAGCCGGGGCUGAAACACAAACCUGUGUCAAACCAGGUUGAAUGCCACCCCUAUUUCACCCAGCCAAAGUUGCUUGAAUACUGCCGGCAGAAUGGUAUCGUCAUUGUUGGUUACAGCCCGCUGGGAACAUCCAGAGAUCCGUCUUGGGUAAACCUAAAAUGCCCCCCAAUGCUGGAAGAUGAGCUGCUGGUAUCGAUUGCCAAAAAGUACAACAAGACCACGGCUCAGGUGUGUCUGCGGUUCAAUGUACAGAGAGGCGUGGUGGUCAUCCCAAAGAGCUUCAGCCCUGCUCGCAUAAAGGAAAACUUUGAGAUAUUCGAUUUCUCUCUCUCUGACGCUGAUAUGAAGGCAGUUGAAGGGUUGAACAAAAGCAUCCGCUUUGUGGAGCUUCUCAUGUGGUCUGACCAUCCAGAGUAUCCAUUUCAUGAUGACUUCUAGACAUCACAGACAGCAACACAUUGUUCUAGAGUGAUUAAACUUGGCAUCUUUACUUUGCUAAAAAUAAUAUUUAAUUGCUAUUAGCUAAUUAAAAAACUUAAAUUUACAGCACACAAUAUAAUACACUUCCUUGGGUAAAGGGUUCAACUGCUGAGCCGUGCUAAUGAAGGUCUGCUCUCACAGAUGUCUUUCGUUUUGUAAAAGUCUUACUGAUAAGUUUUGAGUGACAAAACAAACAAACUUGGGAUAGUAAAUGUUUGCAAACUACAGAAUAAAGAUAAGGUGUGGCUAAAUCAAAGCAAGACUGUUAACUAAGUAUAGAAAGCUUCUGAAUUGCUCAACCUGAAUAACAGCUUUUAAAACUGAAUUUGAAUUAAAUUUAGCAAUUGAAUGC